AUGGACACAACCCAGGACAUAUCCAAAGUAGAUCAGAUGAGUCAGAUAUUUCGAUAUGUGUCUGUGGAAAGAGAUGCGAAUCGGCGAGCCUGCAGUAUAACCAUAAAUGAGGCUUUCUUAGGGUUCCAUGCCAUUGAAGAUCAGAGUGCAGCACAGAUUGCUAGCAAUAUUGUUGCCUGCAUCGAGAGCAAGGGCCUUGAAAUAUCAAAGUGUCGUGGUCAGGGGUAUGAUGGUGCAGCAACAAUGAGUGGUGUUUAUUCUGGUGUGCAGGCUAGGAUAGCAAAUAUGGAAAAAAAUGCCCUCUAUGUUCAUUGUGCAGCACACAAUUUAAAUCUCAUCAUUCAGGAUGCUGUUUCUGACAUACCGGAAGUUUCUAGGUUUUUUGAUGUGGUGCAUAAUUUAUACACCUUCUUCUUUGGGGAAAGCAUACGCAGAUGGGCCGUUCUCUCAUCAUUCACAUCUGAAUCCUCUGUCACACUGAAACGGCUUUGCCCUACACGGUGGUCUUCUAGACAUGAUUCCCUGCUUGCACUUCGUUUCCGUUUUCUAGACAUUAUGCAAGCUUUGUCAAAAAUAAUCCUUCUUUCGUCAAAACCAAAAGAAAGAGAUGAAGCUGCAAAUCUAAAAAAGAAAAUUGAAUCUUUUAAGUUUGUGCUUCUUGUCGCCCUGCAAACUAAAAUCUUGAACCAUGUGAAUGCAAUUUCAAAAGCCUUGCAAUCAAAAGACAUGGAACUGUCUGGAGCAGUGAAGCUCAUUCAGAAUGCGGUUACAGCCCUUUCCAGCUACAGGGAUCAUUUCGAAGAAGCCAAAGAAACUGCAGUGACACUUGCCGAAAAGUGGGGAAUUGAAAUAAAGUUUUCAAAUAAAAGAAUAAAAAAAGUAAAGUGUCACUUUGAUGAGCUGUGUAUGGAUGAAAGAUUAUCUGAUCCAGAGGAACGCUUUAAAACAACUGUAUUUUAUAGAUGUUUGGAUAUGAUUAUAAACCAGCUGUCAGACCGAUUUACUGGAAUGAAUGCAGUCCAUCAUAGAUUUGAGAUAGUUCAGCCUGCCAUUCUUGCUUCUCAAUCUGAUGACAAUCUGAUUGCAGCAGCAUCAAAACUGCAUGAAUUUUAUGAGGAGGAUCUAUCACCAGAUUUUCCUGGGCAGCUUCUUUCAUUCCGUUCAGCACUUCAAGAAGAGGUUCGCAGUUGUUCCACUGUAAAGGAUCUUGCUCACCUACUACUUGUUGAAAACAGUGCACUGUCUUCUACUGUCCCAGAUGUCUGCAUAGCAUUACUGCUGUUCCUCACACUCCCAGUAACCGUAGCAACUGCAGAAAGGUCUUUUUCUAAAUUAAAACUAAUUAAAAGUUAUUUGAGAAACACCAUGUCUCAACAAAGACUCACUGGACUUGCUUUGUUAAGCAUAGAAAAUGAGAGAGCUAGAAGACUCAACAUUGAAAGCAUUGUAGAUGACUUUGCUGAAGCAAAAGCAAGGCGUCGUCAUUUUUAAUGACCGUAGUAAGUUUGCAGUUAUAUCUGUUCUGUUAUAAGUUACACUAUACCAGCCUUUCUCAAGCUUUUUACCCCAGAGGAAUCCUUUAAUACAUUUUCAGGUCUUGGGGAACUUUUACUAAAACCUAUCCAUUAGGGGUCAUUGGGAGGAAUGAAGUCUAUAUUGGUGGUCAGUGGGAAGAAUGUCUUUCUUACAGUGGUGGUCAGAAUGCCACCCUUCAGAUGGCUAAAUAGAUCAAAUUGCCCUGGAUCAAAGCAAAUGCCAUCAUAUAGGAGGUCAAUCAGCCACAGCUCAUGGAACCCCUAACAACCUCUGUGGAAACACUAGGGUUUCUCUGAAGCUUUGUUGAGAAAGGCUGCCCUAAACACUUUUUCAGUUUUGUUACCAGUUACACUAACCCAUUUUUAUGGUUGAACCUUGCAUGCUUGGUUCCAAGUUAAACUAACCAGUUGAGUUGA